CUCAGACAGCGGGCUGGGAAGGGGGUGGGGAGCAGGGAGGGGUCACAGCGUGUCCCCAGUGGAGACUGACUGGAGAUGUCCCUUAACUUGGGUGCUGAAGAUAACUUUUUUUUGGAUGAAAAUAGAUUCAAGCAGUAUUGUGAAGAAUUUGUUAAACAUUCGGAGGAAAUAGGGGAUGCUUGGGAGUGGAGAACUAUAAAGGACUUUCCUGAUGGUUAUAUGAGUAAAACACGCUUCCAAAUAAAAAAUAGAAACAUCCCACCAGAUCUCAGACAGAAUGUUAAUGAGAUUGAGGAACAAACAUCAUUUACACAUUUUGAGGAAACCAUGGAUGAUUCUCAAGUAGCUGGAGUCUGUGCAGCAGCAGAAGUGAUUCGCCAUGAGUAUCAUGUCUUGUAUUCCAGCAGCUACCAAGUACCUGUUCUGUACUUUAGGGCAUGCUUUCUAGAUGGAAGACCUUUAACUCUGGAUGAAAUAUGGGAAGGUGUUCAUGAGUGCUACCAGGCUCGUUUACUGGAGGGUCCCUGGGACACCAUUACACAACAGGAGCACCCAUUACUUGGUCAGCCAUUCUUUGUUCUUCAUCCCUGCCGAACGAAUGAAUUCAUGGCUUCUGUACUGGCUCUCUCACAAAAAGAAAACAGGUAUAUGAACUACAUUUCUUCAUGGCUGAGCAUUGUAGGUCCAGUUGUGGGUCUAAACUUACCCCUGAGUUAUGCAAAACUAGGGUCUGAGCAGAAGACGAAUAUUGAUUAAAUCAAAAGGCCCUGGAACUGAAGCACAAGUCAUGCUUGACAUAAGUGCUCAACCUUUGUAUGCUGGAAUGGGUGAGAGUGUGUCUGUGAAAAAGGAAAACAUCAGCUGGCGACUGGCUGAAGAAUGCAAACAGAUAAAAAGUCAAAACAAGAAGAAUCUGCCCCAGAACAGAGAGAGAACAACAUCAAUUGACCUUCAAGGAAGAACACAGUGAUAGCACAACAAAAGCCCAGGGCAUUGGGUGAAUUGACAAGGCUAUAAAAGAUGGGGCAAGAUAGCAAGAUAUAUCGAUUUUGGGUCUUGUUCUGCAUGGCAUCCUGGAGUAUCAGUUUGUCUGACAAGAUGGACCGGCAGGAGCCUGGCUCCCACUCAUGAUCAACUUGGCUGGCCACUAAGUUGGUCCACGCCCAUAUAACACUGAUAACAUGCACCAGUGUAGAACAGAAAUUGCGGUAUGAAAAUGAUGUAUAUGUGUAUUAAGUACUUAAUAAGCGCAGCACUUUGCCUUAUCCCCUUCAUAAGAUUUGAGCAAUUGGCAAUUUGUGUAACAUUUAAUUGAUGGAAAAUGUGUGUGCGCGCACGCGGGGGUGGGGGGGAUACAAAAGCUCCAUGUUUAGGAUCUCCACUUCUACCACUAAUCUUUGGCUGUAGCUGUACCUGAGGGUUAGAAGGGGAAAUUUAGGUGCCGUGCGGUUGAUGACCACGGAUUUUAAGAUGUAUUGUGUGACUUAAGGCAAGUGGACUUUAAAGUGUGGCAACAAAGGUGUAUAAAAAAUUAUGAAUUAACAUUUAAAGAAACAGGUUAAGCAGUUGAAAAAUCUUCAGUGUCAUAUGUCUGUUAAAGUUUUGCAGAUGACAGUUAUACACAAAAGUAGAAACUUGAGGGUCCCCAUCCCCUGGGAAGGGUCCCUGAGGCUGCCAUGAACAGGGGUCAUAUGACCAGCCCAUCUCAUGCAUCCCACUGGAGUAGGACUGUGGGCCUUGGAAUCCCACUUCCAAACUGGUGACACCUAGGAAAAAGCUUCAAAAAUAAAAAAUACAUCCUGGCCAGAUGUUCCUCGACUCUGAUGACACCGCUAGGAUUGGUAGAUAUAAAAUUAUUUGAUUGUUUUUAUUGUUGCUUUUCAUUAUCACUCUGUAUCAAUAAACUCACCUAUUAUCAA